GCGCCCCCGCCGCGGCUCCGCGCCCCCGCCGCCGUGCGCCCCGGCGGGCCCGAUGGCGAGCACGUCGGCGGAGAUCGUCGCCUUCCUGCUGACCAUCUCCGGCUGGGUGCUGGUCUCCUCCACGCUGCCCACCGACUACUGGAAGGUGUCCACCAUCGACGGCACGGUCAUCACCACCGCCACCUUCUGGGCCAACCUCUGGAAGACCUGCGUGACCGACUCCACCGGCGUCUCCAACUGCAAGGACUUCCCCUCCAUGCUGGCGCUGGACGGUUACAUCCAAGCCUGCAGAGGACUGAUGAUCUCCGCGGUCUGCCUGGGGUUCUUUGGUUCUGUGUUUGGGCUGAUUGGGAUGAAGUGUACAAAAGUCGGCGGUUCUGAUCAGACCAAAGCAAAAAUAGCUUGUUUAGCUGGACUGAUUUUCAUACUGUCUGGGCUGUGCUCUAUGACUGGUUGUUCCCUGUAUGCAAACAGGAUUACGUCCGAGUUCUUUGAUCCUUCUUAUAUUGCACAAAAGUAUGAAUUAGGAGCAGCUUUAUUCAUUGGAUGGGCUGGAGCUUCACUCUGCAUAAUUGGUGGCAGUAUAUUCUGCUUCUCAAUAGCUGAAAACAGUAAAUCUCCAAGGAGGGGGUAUGCAUAUAACGGCGCCGCAUCUGUGAUGUCUUCUCGCACAAAGGUUCACAGCAGCGUCCCAGACAAAACCCCACCGAAGCACUUUGACAAGAAUGCCUAUGUUUAAUUGUACUGUUGGAAGAUCCAAAAAGCCAGUUUUGAAAAUGAGUUUGUAUAUUUCAUUCAGGGUGAUUUCCCCCCACAAAACACAAUGGAAUAACCACGACGCCAAUGAAUUUUUAAGAUACUAACUUGCAGCUUUUUACAUAUUGAUGUAAAUUUUAUUAUACAAUAUUUUAAGAUUGAUGUUGGUAUUGUAAAGUUUAUACCUGCAAAUCAUGCAUUGAUGCUGCUUUAUAAAAAAAA